AGGAUGACUAGACAUUGCUUUACAGAUGGGAUAAAAAAAAAAGAAAAGAAGGAAACUGGUCCGUCCAAACACUUGAAAGAUUCUCAAAAUAAAUUAUUACAACACCAGAUGAAGUAAUACAACGUGCCAUCCAGACAGCAGCAGUGAGAUUCCUCCUCAGCGUUUGGAUCUUUUUUCCAGGGUGUGAUUCAAAUGUGACAUGCAGGAAUGACAACGGAGCACCGGUUGACUGGUACAUCAUAUACAAGCUCCCCAGUGAGUUUGGAGGCGGUUUGGAGUAUUUGUACAUGGAUGACAGCACCAAAAGAUGGAGGCACAGCUCCAAGAAAAUCAGCGAAUCUGGUGCUCUGGCGAACACUCUGAAACCUCUUCUUGACUUCUACGUCUUGAAGACUGAAUAUUUCGGAUAUCUGCUCUACAAUGAUCAGCCUCCAGAUCAAAUAACUGCUUCCUCAUCAUAUGGCCACAGUAAAGGGGUUGUGAUGCUGGACAAGCAAACUGGAGUUUGGCUUUCUCACAGCACACCAAAAUUUCCAACAUAUCGCAAUAAAAACUUCUGGCCAAACAACGGGAAUGUUAACGCUCAAACAUUUCUGUGUGUGACUUACCCUUAUAAUAGCUUCAGAGAUAUCGGAGUGCAGCUCAAGUACAUCCACGUCUACUCCUUUGACCACGACAUCCCAAAAACCUUUCACGAGGAGCUGCGGUGUGUCGCACAGCGAAGAUGCUACCCGAAAACAGAACCCUGGUAUAGCAUAGUGAAGCUGACUUCUAAUGCAGGACGUGAAUUCUACAGUUUUGCAAAAUACACACGUUUUGGGGAUGAUCUUUACUCUGGUCUAAUUUCGGAAGUUGUGGAGAAGAAUCUGUAUGUGAGGACUUGGGGAAAGAAGGGUCGGACUGAACUUCUGCCUUCAAACUGCAGCAUCCCUUAUUAUGUGUACAAUGUGAAGGAUGUGAAGCUCUCACGGAAGGUGUCCUUCAGCGACACAGUCGAUCAUUCCAAGUGGUGCGUGACACCAAAUGGCGCCAUGUCCUGCAUCGCCGAUACGAACAGGAUGAGGAGCCAGAUUUCCAGAGGUGGAGGAGCAAUAUGCAACAAUGACCCUGUAGUCGGGAUGGCUUUUUAUGCACUUGUCCAAACACCCGAACCGUGUCCAUCUGCUGCUCAACACACGGAGCUGUGAAUGAACAACCAAACUCAGCUGAUGUUAGCCACAGUUGUGAGUGAAAGCUUCCAAACGUUUGGCAGUCAUGAGUUUUCACUGAUUCCUAUAACUCUGAAUUUUGUAUGAUGGAGUCAUCGAAACACACAAAAAGACCAAUCAUGCAUUUUUGUUCUUGUGUAGAUUCAUUACAGGUGACUGGGAAAUAUGACAAUCUACUAGGUCAAAAAUCUAGAUACACCAACUCUAAUUAUCCGGUUUAAUGGUGUAGAAAGUUGUGUUUAUCACAUUUUCUCAGUGGCCUGGCUUCUUAAGUUUUCAUGAAUGAUUAGGAUUGACUGCAGUUGCUGACUCCUCCAAGCCAGUUUAAAUAGAACCCAUUUUAUACACUUAUUAGAUGCCGUAGUAGUUUAGGUUUGGUUUUGGUCCUGAUUUUGGACUGGUUUUUGACUUUUUUUAGGGCUGCUUUCAGACUGUAUUCUCACUUGGACUGGUUUAGGUUAGAUUUUGGUCCUGGUUUAAGACUGUUUGAGGACUGGUUUAAGACUGUCUUAGAUGAGUGUUAGACUUUUUUAACCCCAAGAACACCAAACCAACCACCAAGCAUGGUGGUGGCAACGUCAUGCUCUGUGGAACUGGAGCUUUACACAAAGUACAUGGAAUAAUGAAGAAGGAGGAUUACUUUCACAUUUUCCAGGAAAACCUAAAACCAUCAGCAGAAGGUUGAUCUUGGACACAGAUAGAUGUUUCAACAAGACAAUGAUCCCAAACACACAUCAGACGUGGUAAAGAAAUGGUUCCAUCAGGCUAGAAUGAAGGUUCUAGACUGGUCUCCCCAAAGUCCUGACUUAAACUAGUGUUGUAGGAGUCAUUGGCAACUCAAGAUUGUUGUGAUAUAUAUGGUCUUUACAAGUAGAUGGAAGCUUUAGUCCACUGUAGCUGACAUUAGCAAGUUGAUAAUUCUAUAAUUCAUAUCAUUAAAUUCAAGUUGACACAGCUGAAAGAAUUACAUGAAACACAGGGUUUUGAUUCUGGGAACUUUUCAGGACUGUUUGGGUCUUGCUGUGCAGGUCCGGUGAGAUUUCUAGCAUCAAUAUUAGUGUUUGUGUUUUCUUUCCUGCUUGUAGUCUGCUGCAUUGUUGCCAUGGUGAAGUUUGCUAUGAAACGUACCACCAAUACCAUCGUUAACCAAGCACCUCAAAUUGUGAUGAAUAAUGGAUUUGUAAGUGAAGAAGAUGGAUCAAUGCGUUGUAAUAACAGUGUAGAGGACAGCGAUAGUUGGAUGCAAGAUAUUGAUUGUUAAAUCUUGAAAAGAAGAAGAGUAAUCAAAAAUAAUAACUGGAAAUGUUGAUGUGAUUGAAGUAUUUACCUCAUGAUUAAUCAAUGAUUAUCAGUAGAAUGUUACUGAGAUUUGUUAAUCAUUUUUACUAGAUGUGUUUGCUGUAUACUUAUUUACACAUUGCAUUAUUGUGCAAAUUUUAGAGUUGUGCUGAUCUGACAGAUGAGAGGGUUUCAAGCAUCAUUCCCACGACACAAAGGAAUGAUACAGCUGCUUAUGUAGACAUAACAACACACACAUACACAUAAACACACAACACAUACCUCACACACAAUCAUGGGAACGACGUGACACUGCAACACUCACGUCACAUCUAGUUUACAUACAUGAGUUUAUUAUUACAGGGGGUCCUCGACUUACGUUGGAGUUCCUUUCCUACGGCGCAAUGUAAGUCGAGUUUCACCGUUAGUCGGAACUAUGGUGAAAAUGGAAACAAAGCCGUUAUGUGCAUGAGACCACUACGCAGCUUUGUAAUAACAGCUGAUUUCAUAGGAGCAGAUCCUGUCAUGUUCAAGUAUCCACUUUUCAUCCGCCGAUGAUCAGUCGUGUGACUUAGGUCAAGCAACUGGCUGAUGUUCGUCAGUGUUGCACCCUGUUUCGAUCAUUUUAUUCUAUCUAAUUUCACUUCCAUGGAGAUGAUUUUCCUUUUCUUUGAAGCACCAGGAGAGUCUGACUUAUGCUUGGGAGCCUUACAGUUUUUCUCAGUCGCUUUGGUACAAUUCUCGAAUCGUCUUCGACAUGUGCAAAACAAUAAGUGCAUUUCUCUAAACAAUUCGUACAAAUAGCAAAACACCAUGGAUUACCUGCAAAAGCCAGUAUCUUGCUCAAAAUCCUUAAUUCAUCUCUCAGAAGUAAAUAUUUGUGUCAAUGAACAUGUCAGUUGCAUCAGAAUGAAAAGUCCUGGUGUCAUUGUGUGUGGAUCAGACAGUCAGAUUGCUUAGUCAUGUUGUCAUUAUAACAGUGUUCUCUGGAGGAUGUUCUGAUGUAAACUAUGGCUAAAGUUCUGAUGACAAUUAUUGUAAAUUGUAAGUUACAUCUUAGUGUAUGUGGGAAAUUAAUUUCAAAAGGCUGGACAAGAUUCACAAUUAUGCUUUUACUGUUUGUGUUGUAAUUUGUUGACAGACCACAUCAUUGUGAUACAGAAAGGAAAACAGCGCUGCAUAGCACAAAGAAAAAACAAAAAAACAGAAGUAGAAAUGUGAACAUAGGACAAUCUCCUCAGGGAAAACUGUCCAUGCAGCUGUAGGAAUUCCAGUUCAGUCUUCCUACACCUCCUGAUGUUCCUGUUUGUUGGGACACAAAUUCUCAUCCACAUCACAAAGAUCUUCUGUUGCGAUUUCAGAAAACCCUAACCCUUCACACAUUUACCUUUGUUACAGAAAGUCAACAUUCACCCGGGAGCAAUUUACAAAUUCAGGACAGAUUUAGAAAAAAAAAAAGUCUAAUUGAAAUGUAUAGAAACAUCCUUGACAUAUUCUGACAACUUGUUCAACCAUUUUGCACGUAAAGACUGAUGUGAUGAACUAAUGCCUAAAUGUUGUGGAGGGUGAGACGAUUCAACAGAGACCCAUUAGAAUACAUUUAGAUCAACAUCACAUAAGCAGCUGAUAAUGUAGUAAAAAGCAGAGAAUUGUACAUAAUCAUUUGCUUGGAUGUACCAAAGCAUUUGCAACUUGUUCAAAGAAAUGAGAAACUGCUUUUUGAUGUGCACAAGUGACACAAUGAUGUGAAGAUUGAACAAGUAGUUUUGAGAAUUUCAAUUCUGAUCUGAGAAAUGUACCAAAGCGACUGAGAAAAACUGUAAUGAAAGGCAAAAAGUUAGUGAAUGUAGCACAAUCCAAGGUGGCGUACAACUGGAGAAUGUAAACAAAGCUGUCUUAUAGCGUGUCGACAUAUUCAUUCGCUCAUCAACUAGUUCCACAUAACCAGUUCCGAUGUAACAACGAAACGCCAUAGGUCGUAAACCGGGGAUCUCCUGUAUAAUCACCAAGUGUGCCUUACUAUAUGUUUGGUUUGUGAUAAUCAUUUAAAUAAUGAGAGAGUAACUGUGCUGCCUGUUUAAAAGUGAAGCUCUAGGGAGAGAGGCUAUUGAGCUGUUAUGCAGAUCUCUUGGUGUUGGGUAUAAACAAGGAAAUUACCUAUAAAUAUGGUGGGAAAUUGGUACUGGACAGAAUUUCCUUCGGGGUUAAUAAAGUAUUAGCUUAGCUUAAAGAAGCCUAUCUUGUAGUAAUAUCUUCUAAUGCUGUAUAUUUGUGCCAUUGUUGUUUUAUUGUUGUAAAACUAGUGUGUAACUUUACAUAUAAAUCCUGUUUAUUAGACAGCUAACUCAUGUGAAGCAUCCAAAUAAAGUGGGGAAAAAAUGAUAAAAUAAUAUUAAUAAC